CACACACUACCUCGGCUAGUGCUGGGCCCGCGUACACGUGAAUGCGCCCCAUCGCUGUCAUCGGCAGCAGCCCACAACAUCAGCAUCUUCCGGGGGGCGCGCAGAGGAGGACGGAGAGGGAGGAGAGAGAGGGAGAGGAGACAUACUGGAUAAAGGCUGCGAGAAGAACCGUGAUGAUAUUGGAGUCGAGGCGGUGGAGGAUGUCGGAUUUACGAGAAAGGACUGUUGAAAUUUGACGGAGGGCUCGUGUUUGUCACAUUUCCUCGUUUUUCUUUUUCUUUUUUUUUCUUUUGAGGUUUCAUUGCGUGGGGUUUGUGGAUGCUGCGUGGACACUAAGGGCGCAGGGAGGAAGGGGAGCACCCCCACGGAUGCCUCGGAAGGUAGAGACGGGCUCCACCGCUGGCUUCGGGCAACACAACGCGUCUGAUGUGACGGAAGGUAAUAAAGGACAUCCUGCAGGAAAAAAAGCCGAUGGAUGAGGAUGAAAAACGGCUUUAGCCCCCCGCCCACCGACGACUGUGAAAUAAAGAAAAUCCUAUUUUGAUGGAUUUGUAUUUUUAAUCAUUUAUGGUGUAGCCCCAAGGAGCCUUAGACAGCAAUGUUGAAUCACUGGUCUUGGUAAAUUAUUCAUUACUGGUAUAGGUAAACCAUGAUUUUGUAUUGCUUCAAUGUAGCACCCCCCCACCCCCCCCAAUCAUUUUUAUUUUUUACAAUGUUUAGUCUUGUGAGAUCAAAAGCAUAUUUUUAUCCUAUGGUUAUGUAGGCCCAUUUAACAGUCACAUUAGAAACAGCCAAAGCAGGAGCCUAUUGGCGCAGGAGAUUUGACAAAGAGGGGAAACACAGAGUGAGAGGUGUCCAGCAGUUUGUUUGUUUGUUUUUUUAUUUACAUUUUUUUCUAAAAUAGUCUAAAGAGGACGCGGUGGAAAGAGAGAUAUAACGAGGAAAGAGAUACAAAAAAAUAACACCAAACAUGUUGCCUUCCCAAGAAGCCUCCAAGAUCUACCAUGACAAUUACAUGCGCAACUCCCGCGCCAUCGGGGUGCUUUGGGCCAUCUUCACCAUCUGCUUCGCCAUCGUCAACGUGGUGGUGUUCAUCCAGCCCUACUGGAUCGGCGACAGCGUCAACACGCCGCAGGCCGGCUACUUCGGCCUCUUCCACUACUGCGUGGGCACCGGGCCGUCGCCCAGCCGGGAUCUCACCUGCGUGGGCAGCUUCUCCGACUUCAGCUCCAUCCCGUCCGGAGCCUUCAAGGUGGCCUCGGUGUUCGUGCUGCUGUCCAUGGUGCUGACCCUCAGCUGCAUCGCCUGCAUGGCGCUCUUCUUCUUCUGCAACACCUCCACCGUUUACAAGACCUGCGCCUGGAUGCAGCUGCUGUGUGGAGUGUGCCUGGUGCUGGGUUGCAUGAUCUUCCCUGACGGAUGGGAUGCCGAGGUGAUCCGGGACAUGUGCGGGGAGCAGACAGGGAAAUAUUCCUUGGGUGAUUGCUCUGUGCGCUGGGCCUAUAUGCUGGCCAUCAUGGGCAUCCUGGACGCCCUCAUCCUCUCCUUCCUGGCCUUCGUCCUGGGCAACAGGCAGACAGACUUCUAUCUUGACGAUCUGCAGACAGAUAACAAAGAUUUUGCUGUGUCAAGGAUUGAGGUCCGGGACAGAAGAGAGCCACGGUACGGAGUGCAGCGUCUCCACUGAGGGUGAUGAAGCAGCACUGGACGACUUCUCUUCUCCUCUCCUCUCCUCUCUCAUCCAUCUCUGUCUCCCCCCCCCCUCCCCCUUUCUUUCUACUCACUUCUUCUCUUCUCUCCAAUGAUCAGGAUAACACCCAAUCUCAAUUCAGACACCAAGUGUGCAGGAUUCUGGAAGAUAAAAGAAAAACAAAAAACAGAACACACUGGGAUAAACUAUAUUUUGAAAAAAAACGUAUACAAGGUUGUUCAGUGCAUCUAACACUCGGCUUUCUCAACGAAAACCUUUAUGAUGGAAAAAAAGAUUUACUCUAUUUAAAGUCUUGAUUUGUCUGAGAAAUACAAUCCUUGAGAUGAAGAACCAUAAUGUCCGACUUUGAUUUUUACAACGAUUUAUUUCAAAUCUUGCUAUUUAUUGACUUUGAGUUUGUGUGUUGUUGUGUUCAUCCAUAGCUUCAGAAAGCAGAUCAUUGAUUCUCCUCGUAUGGGGACAAGAGUCGAAGGCUCGCAAUACUGCAGCAAUUAAACAUUGGGAGCAUUUCAACCGGGACUUGUAUGGCUCUUCAUCUAAGGACUUUCAAAUGCGAGGAAUUUAAAAGGAGUAACCCCAUUGCAGCUUUACAGAACCUAACAUCUCUGGGAGAUUCUCUACUGUACAUACUGAACAAUGUAAAUAACAUUACUGCUGACAGAAACAGCCGACAACAAAACCUCAUCUGACUCUAAUGCAUUCGAGUAUAGUAUUUCUACUCUUGGUUUCAGUGUUCCUCGUGCUGAAAGAGCAUCGGAGUAUGUGCCGAUCCUUUGUGUUUAUAUUAUGACUCCUCACUACUGAUCUGAUGGGAUUAGACAAACGGGAAUAUCUGUGCUGGAUAUUCCAGAGAAAAGCAGAGCACCGUUGAUCAAAGUGAUUGUGUGUGUGAUCACAAUUAUUUGACACAGAUGCUUCCUCUGCAUCAGCAUGGCCUCAAAACAACCCCCCCCCCCCUGCAGUAUAUAGUAAAAAUCUAAAUUGCAGCUGUCCAAGUUAAGACUUACAAGUCUGAGCUUACUACUUUUGUUAUACCCUUCCUUCACCAGUGUGCAGUUUACUCCAGUUUAUGGCUCCAGCAUACAGUGAUCAGUUUACUCUACAAAUGUCUUAAGACUGUGUGAAUAUGGCUGUACAGGCGUUGGCCUUCUCUCAGAGGGAAGCCUCAAGUGCUGCACUUAAGGUGAUGUCACUAAUAUGCCUCUUCGCUGCUUGCAGUAGUCACAGGAAUCAUAAGUGGGAUGGAAAUCAUAGCAAAUCACCCCCAAAAAACGAAGAAGAUAAUUCUUAACAAGAACAAAAUCAGAGUGAGUGAGCAACUACUGAGCUGUACAACUUCAAGUUUUCAUGCAAGAUUUAUCAAUAGAAUCAUGAAUCAAAAAAAAAAGAAACUAAAGUUGUACAUCUAAAGUUAUUAAAGUUGUGCCAUUUUAUGUUGAUCGAUUUUGGCAGCAUCUUUAUAUUUGAAAAUUAAUUCAAAUUGACCACCUUUGAAUUUUUGGUUGACCUAUUAAGACCUUGUCUACACUAAUGCGGACAUUUUCCCUCUGUUUAGAAUGAAAAACAUCUCCAUCCAGACGAGAACACAACAACAGUCUGCGUCAACUAUCCAUCAAAUACCAGAGAAAAACGCCGUUGGCCAAGUCAUAUUGGCCGAGUCAGACGUUUCUGUACACACCGACUGCUAGGAAGGCAUUUUAAAUCUCGAGAGGCCCAAACACAGAGGAGAAAGUUUGUUUUGCAUUAAUGUGGACACGGGCUAAAUCAAUUUGAAAUAUAAACCAAUCUGAACUGAUUAUUCUUGCAUCAGGGCCCAUUGAGGCAAAAAAAUCCUGGGAUCAGUCUUUAAAACACUCACCAUUUUUUGCGAUUUAUUCCAAAUUUCCAGAAGAAAUACAGAUGACAUGAUUUCGGUGUCCUUACCUGCAGCUACUAUCCUGGUCAUGGUAGCCAGUAUUAUUCCUGUAGUGCUCUUAUUGUGACAUUGUGCUUUGAGAACUUAUAUGACAACCAGGGAGAUACUUUAAAAUGUUUCCCAUUUUUUAGUCACGUGAACAAAAAGUUGCGACCUUCUCCCUUAAUAGAAAAACAAACCUGCAAGGGCAUGUUUUACCUGGGGUGUGACUCACCACUGUACCCAUUAGCACAGUAAUAACUUCUGUCGCCCUAUAACCACCUGACACGUCUGCAUCAAUGACUCUGAUUGUCACAAUAUCAGUGACAUUGCUCCAGGUACGAUUCGACCAUGUGACGAGUUGCGGUUGAACAGUGCGGCAAAGCACGCUGGUCUACUCAAGAGCACCGUGGGGCUCUUGUCCCUCCCAGCGGAGCUCUUCAGGCUGACACACUGUAACUGAGCCUCCUAAAGCACCAAACCUAGGCCCAGUCAUCGCGGGAAUGAAAUUAGCUGUGUAAUAAAAGCACACGGUUAAUGGUUUCAUAUGUGGAAUUGGCAUGCUUUGGUCAUUUGGGAGGGGAAAGGCCUGAUCAUACUGUAAACCCGGAGGAGCAAUUGAAACCAUUUCACUGAGCGGUUUGACCACACAAGGUGAUCUGCGUUCUGUGAGACAGCAGCUUAUUUACCAGGCAACAUCACAAGGAAAAUACAGUCCAGUGAGGGACUGAUUAUACUGCAUUAUGUUGGACUGUAAUGCAUUUACACUCUGGUAGGGAUGCACUAUUAACACAUGCAUUGUGGACGAGUCAAAGUUAGAACCUUAAAUAUCAGCUACAUCAAAAAAGAAUAUUAAAACUAAAUCAAGAAUGUGACUUUACAUGUAACACAUUUUUAACUAAACAGUAUAUUGGAUGAGAAGGGUUCACUGAGGGGGUUUUAUGGUGCAUCCCUACACUAUAUACAGUAUAAUGAGCAGAUAGCUAGAUGUGCAGUAUCUCUCAGGAAGCUGUGUACAAAGUACUGUAUUAAAGGCUCAUUUCGGAAAUGAUCAGCACAUACACAAGUUGAACGAUGCUGUCGUGAUGUGGCCAUGGCUGAAAUGACACAUCACUCCACAGCAUACCUUGUUAGGCAAGUUUGGGCUUUGGAUGACAUAGCACCUCUGCCACUGAUUUUCCAAGCUGGGCCUUUAAGACAAUAUGAAAACAGCCCUAAUGCUGAAUCUAAUGAUGCUGUCCAUGCCGGCUCUGCACAGACCUUGGCCUAUAUCUAUGAACCGUCUUAAGGCAGGAACGCUGGGCCCUUAUUCAACAAAAGUUUCUUUCACUUCAGCCUUGAAGUAUCUCUGCGAGCAUUUGACAAAAAAAAAGAGUUAACGACUGAAACAGAAUCAUAAGAAAUAUGUUUUUGCUUUUGAUAUGUACAUGCUCAUUUGAGAAAAUCAGUGCACUUGCUGAGACAUCAGCAUGGUGAUUUUUUUAUAUCUAAAGUUUGCAUACAGCAGGCGGUACUGUCUCUCACAUGGCAUAUAUUGUGAUUUAGACGUCUCCUCCUUUAGGAAUGCUUUCCCAGGGCCCAGGACACACUGUAUUUUACAUCAAAUCUUUGAAAAAGAAAAAUUGCAAAGGAAAAAGCCCAGAGGGCUAAGUGGUCAUGUCAGGCUUCGAAGGAACAUUACCUGUGUGAUCAUUGGCCUGGUCUCCUCUCCGGGUACUCUGUUCCUGAGGACCUGACGAUGAACUGAAAAAUACCUUAACAAGGAACUGACGAUACCUUAACCCUGAUGAGCACAUAUUUGUACCACUCCAGGUGCCUCUAAGAACUCUUGAUUUAAUUCAGAUGUGGUGCAGAACCAGCAAAACAAGUAGUGACACUGUAGUUUUUUUCUACUAAAGACGACACACCCUGACCGAGCUCUGAAGCCAGAUGGAUUUUACUGCAGAUUUGAGGUCAAUUCAUUUUCAACUCGAACAACUGAACCCAAGAAAAUAAAUUACUGAAAACAGUUUUCCCCAACUGUUCAACUUGAUUCGGGGAAACAGUUUUGAUAUUUAGAAAGACGACAACUGAUUUGUUUUUAUUUUUUAUUUUACGUGUGGACUCCAAAUCUGAAUUCACCUCAGUCUUGAAUUACAGAAGCGUGUGAAGAUGUGAUGAAGAAUGAAAAGCUAACACAAGGACACACGAGUCAAUGAGAAGUCAUUUCCCCGUCUCUAGUAGCAAACAAGACGUUUGUUGACGAUGUAAAUGUCAUUGAUAUGUCAAUGAUUUCAUCAUAGUUUUUAUCAUGCAAUAUCAUGUAUAAAGAUAUCAUUUUGGGGGUGGGA